UGGGGGUGGGGGUGGUUUCCGCGCGCGGGCGCGCUGAAUGAAGCACCCGCAGAGAACUAAGCGGGGAGGAGGAGGGCAGUCAAUGAGAAGGGAAGGGAGGAAAAACUGGGGGUAGAAGCCAUGAGGGGACCCAGAAGCCCCAACUGAUGAAGUGAAAGUUGGAACCCGGAGAGCAGCCUAUAGGCGAGGAGGCAGACGUUGCUCUGGGGAGUUGGGCAGAGGAGUCGAGAUUGUCAACAAGAAUGUCGGGUCAUUGCCAGCAGGGUGAAAGGCAGAUGUUGGCCCAGGGAUACUUCUCCAUGGCCGCAGCAACAUCCUGAAAGCGAAUCAGAAGUUUCAUCUGCCAAGCAGCCCUUAAAAACAUUGAGGGGGUGGGGGGUGGGGGCUGUUUAUCAUGACUAGUGAUGAACUAGGGUCGCUGGUGAGUGGCAAACGAGAAAAAAGUUUUGAGUCCAGCACCUUUUUAAACCACCUUUAAGACCGACAAAAGAUUCUAAGGGAUACAGAUUCUGCUGUCGAAUCAGAACUUGGAAACAUGGACAAAAAAGAUUUGGACAGACAGCUGGACCCUCCUGCCCUCUUCAGAGCUCCAAGGCCGGAGGGUUCCAAAGGACUGAUCCCACCAUCACAUUUUGAGAGCCAGCCAGGUCCUCUGCUAACGGCUCCUGUUGCAGGGCCUUGGAGUGCUCCUGCUUUACCUAAUUGGGAAGUAGCUGAACUCAGAAGAGAAAAUCAGCGAUUAAAGGACGAACUUCGUAGAUGGGCCCCAAAAAGAGAUGUGGUCAGUGGGGGGAAAGUGCUAGACAAAACAGAAGAAGCUGGAGCCAGAACCAGGUCCCUGGACAGAGAAGCUGAGCCCUCAAACACAUGUCAUAUGUUGGCCAUAUCCCAACACGCUGAGAUCAUUUCUCACCAGCUCCAUGAGAUCCAGAGGCUGGAGGCUGAGCUUGCUUCCCUCCGAGUUGUGUCAGCCCAGCAUGAGGCAGCAACAGCAGCCAGUCGAGAAGAUACUCUGCACCUACAGGGGGAGAUGGCAGGUCUCAGAAGGCAAAGCCAGGUGGAGUCCGCUGCCUUGAAGGCAGAGCUGGAGGAAGUCAGAAGGAGCAGCAAACUGAAGCUUGAGGCCCUGAAGGAAGAACUAGAGCAACUGAGAAGCCAGGCUGGCUUGGAGGCAGAUGGCUUGAGAGAGGAACUCAAGUCGGUCAAGGAAAGAUACGUUAAUGAAAUUGAAUUGGCACAAGUAGAGCUGCAGAGGACACUUGAAGAGGCAGAAGCUGUGCGGAAAAGGCAGGAGGAGGGAGCCCAAGAGUACCUGCAGGCUGCUCUCAGGGAGCACCAGGCUGAGUUGCGUAGAGUCUCUGAAGCUCACCAAGUUGAAGUUUCUUCCUUGAAGCAUCAAGCACAAAUACUCCAGAAGGCUAUGGAAGCACAGCAGAAACAAGCUGCCCAGCUACAAGAGGAAAGACAGGUUGUUCAGAAUGAGCUCAGUGUGGCCAAGGCAGAGCUGUCUUCCCAGAAUGCUUUGCUGACACAGCUGAAGACAUACAUUGGGGAGCAGGAGUUGAGGAAACCCAAUCCAGAGAGGGAGCAGCUGAUCAGUAGAGUGCAGCACCUGGAAGAGGAAAAGGAGACCUUGAAAGCAACAGCUGAGCUCCUGCAGAUUCGUCUGGAUUCACUCAACAAUAUCCUGACUCUACAGGAGACAGAGCUUACUAGGAAGGUCAAGGAUCCUCUUCAGUCUGAUCCAUCUCAGAAACUUCAGUGCAUCCUAAGCCGGUGGCGGGAGAAAGUCUUUUCUCUCUUGGUGCAGCUGAAAUCUCAGGAAGUUUCCCAUGUGGAUGCCACUAGACUGCUACAGAGAAAGGUAAAAGUGCUUGAGGAAGAAAUAGACUCCAAAGACCAGAAGGUGGCGCAGUUGCUUUGCAGCCUUAAGGACAAGACCGCAGAAGCUGAUAUGGAAAGAGUGAGGAACAAGACUCUUAAUUCAGAAGUGUCACACUCUAAAGAACUGGCACAGAAACUCCAUCAAAGGGCAGAGGCUGGUGAAAAUGCCCUUCGGGGACUGGUGGAAUUGGUCAGCAGGCUACACCAACAAGUGAUGGACCAGGAAGAGUCCUGGAAGGCAGCCUUGUCGCACCUGCUGGGACUGGGAAACAGAAUCUCCUUUGCAGCCAAGAGAGUUGACACCAUCCAAGGACUGGUAUGCCAGAAAAUAGCACUGGCUAAGCUUCAGCAAGGGGAAAAAUCGGGCCCUUCUAGAUCAGACCAGGACAGGCUUCAUCCACCUUACGAAGACCUGCAAGCUGAGUUACAGAUGCUGCAUGAGGAACGGGACCGGCUCUCAAUGGAGCUCAAACGGGGAGCGCAGUUUAUAGAGAAGAAGGUGGCUGAAGUGCAAUACAAAGCAGAAUGUGAUCUCAAGGAAAUGAGAGCGAUGACACAGUGCCUACAAGGGGCUCUAGAGGCAAAGGUGGCAACAGAGCAGGCCUUGAGGCAGCAGUUGGAGGCCACAGAGAGGCAGCAGGAGGAAGCGCACCUGGACCAGCAGAAGGCCAAGGAGACCGCAGAGAGUUUGAGGCAGGAGCUGGGGCAGUUACGAGAGGAAUACGAGAGAGCCCUACAGGAGAAGGUGAGAGAAGUGGAAACGCAGCAGCACAAGGAUCUGUCAGAAAUGGAAAAAAAGCUCAAUGAAGCACGGCGGGAGCAUACAAAGGCAGUGGUUUCCCUACGUCAGGCUGAGCGACAGGCAGCAAGGGACAAAGCACAUAGCGAAGAGCUGGCCAAGCUGCAGGAAGCCACCACACAACAGAAAAUAGCAUGCCUUGAAGCACGUCUGCAGGAGUACGAGAGGGACAAGAACCUGCUGAUGGCAACUUUACGCCAGGAAGGGAUGUUGGCGCAAUAUCGGCUGAGGGCAGUUCAAGCUUCAGCAGAAUUGACUGAACAGGGAGCAGAUCAAACACCAUCUAAAGAGUCCGUCGUUGCUAUGCUGAGUGACCUGCAGGCCCUCGGUGCUGCCAUCUUGGAUGAAGAGAAGGCUGCAGAAAAGCUCAAUGACAAUGGAGGCACCAGUGCAGACACCUCAGAGCUGCUCUCUGAAGGAGAAUUUUCUGGGAGGAGAGGGAGAUGAGAGUAGAGUAAAGUAAAUGGGUGUGAAUAAAAUACUGGUAUUUUGAAUUUUUAAAAA